AAUCCUUACAGGAUACAGGAUACAGGAUACAGGAUACAGGAGCCUGGAGCCAUAUGUUAUAUACAGUACACAGGACGUUGUUGCAGUUUCAUUGCUUUUUCCUUCACCGAAUUACGGCUUUGUUUAGCUUAGUCUUCCAUUAACAGUUGAUUCUUUUGAAGAAUCUAAUUACCCUUUUUAUCCUCCGUCAUGGUUUGUCCGGAAACUUCCUCCGACGAACCACUGACUCCCGCCGGCCGCCUUUUUCUUCAGCCGGAAACAGACCUCGUCAUCCAUUGUAUCAUCCGCGGCAAAAACCCCGCCGACAUGGAUGCUAUAAAAUCGGCGAUUAAGUCUUCGUUGAUGGUCCAACACCCCAGAUUUUGCAGCUUGUUGGUUCGUGACAAGAACGGAUUCGAGCACUGGAGGAAAACCCCAAUAGACAUUGGCCAACAUGUAAUUGUCGUCAACAACCGGCUCGAUAAAUCGGGCAAUUUCAUCGACCAAACACAAGGUUCCACCACCACCGAAGAAGACGAUGAAGCGGCAGUGAAUCAGUACGUGGCGGAUUUGUCAGUGAGCAGUCCUUUGAGUACGGACAAACCGUUGUGGGAAUUACACGUCUUGACGGCGCACAAAUGCGCCGUUUUCAGGAUCCAUCACUCUUUGGGUGAUGGGAUCUCUUUGAUGUCCAUGUUGAUGGCUAAUUGCAGGAGGGCGGAUGACGCCGAGGCGCUUCCCAGGAUGGUUCCUGAUAAGAAGACGGUAAUUAAGGGCGAGAAAGGAAGGGAUUGGUUCUGGUUGUUUGGUGUCUUGUGGUGGCUCUUGAAGAUGGUUGUUUUCACCUUGUUCUUUUCGAUGGAGUUUGUACUAAGGAGCUUGUUAGUUUCCGACGAGAAAACGGCGAUCACUGGCGGUGACGGGGUUGAACUCUGGCCGAGGAAAUUGGCUACUGCUAAGUUUUUGCUUGACGACAUGAAGCUGAUCAAAAGGGCCGUUCCCGACACUACCAUUAAUGACGUCCUCCUUGGAAUGGUCUCAUCUGGGCUGUCUAGGUACUUGGAUCAUCGAACCCCAAAUGUUUUGCAUGAGGGUCUACGUAUGACAGGGGUAGCCAUGGUUAAUAUAAGACCACAACCAGGGUUGCAGGACCUGUCCAAGUUAAUGAAGAGCAACACAAAAGCACGAUGGGGCAACAAAUUUGGUGUAAUUCUAAUUCCAGUUUACUAUCACAAAGGUGGCAAUGAUCCUUUAGAGUAUUUGAAGAGAGCAAAGGCCAUGGUUGACAAGAAGAAACACUCUCUAGAGGCUUAUUUCUCAUACAAAAUUGGAGAUCUCGUAUUGUCAUUGUUAGGACCAAAGUAUGCUUGUAUGCUUAAUUACAAACUCCUCUGUAAUACUACCUUCACGCUCUCAAACGUAGCUGGCCCUCUAGAGGAAAUUUCACUUGCAGGCAACCCUCUCUCUAGCAUUAAGGUCAAUACAUCAAGCCUACCGCAGGCAUUAACAAUGCACAUGUUGAGCUAUGCUGGUAAGGCUGAAAUGCAAAUUCUAGUAGCUAAAGAUAUCAUCCCUGAUCCAGAGUUUCUUGCUAAAUGCUUUGAAUAUGCGUUACUUGAAAUGAAGGAGGCUGUAUUAAGGACCAAUAAAGCAUAGGCAAAACAAUAAUUUUUUUUUUUAACUUUAAAUGGUAAGUGUAGAAGAGAAAUUCAUUAUGAAUUUUCUAUAUAUAAUUACGCUCAGAGUGUAUUUAGCAUUGCUUCUAAAAAAUGUUUGACAAAAAGCACUUUUUGAACAAAAGCAUUCUUAAAAAAGUUGCUUUUUGAGAGAAAAAGUGUUUUUCUCAAGCCAAACAUUAGUCUAAAAACACUUUUUUUAGAAGCCGAAAAUUUUAGUUCUCCCCCGAAGUACUUUUUUCCAGAAAACACUUUUAAAUUAGGUGUGAUUUAGUUUUAGCUGAUAUUAGAAGACAAUAUACAUGUACUAUGAUAUAAAUUAGGUAAAAUGUCAAAUUUAGCUCUUAAUAUUGAUAUUAUUUUUGUUAA